AGAGCAGAAAGAAAAAAGAUGUCUAAGCUUAUCCAAAAUCCAGUGUUCCAUGAAUUGAAGAAGCAAGCUUCUUUCUUCAUCAAAGAGAAGAUAAAGACUGCUCGUCUCGCCGUAACUGAUGUUACUGAAGAAGAGUUAUUGAUAGAAGAAGUUACGGGCAGUGCACUCUCGGUAAUAGACGCUCGCUCCAUGGGGCUCAUAACAAAAGCUUCUUUUGAAGUUGAUCAGUUCCAAAGAAUCGUAAAGAUUCUACGUCAAAGAAUGUUAAUGUUUGAUAGAAGGGAAUGGCGUGGGAUGUACAACACGUUGACAAUGUUAAACCACUUGUUAGUCAACGGACCACUAAGUCUAUUCAACGAGUUUCAGCAUGAGAGGGACAAUAUUGAAGAUGUUAUGAUGAUUGAAUGGAUCGAUGAUUGUGGUCUAAAAGUUCGAAACGUAGCCGAAAAUGUACUAAGAUUGCUUGAAGAUGAGUCGUUUUUCAAGGAUGAAAGAGAGAGCAAACGUAAGCAAAGCUUUGGUCGGAUAACGGGAUUCGGAAGCUCGAGUUUCGGCACACAUUCUGAAACCAACAAAGGAAGAGACAGCUCGUUCUUGAGUGAACACCAAGCUUGUGAAAAUGAUCGUACCGUUGAUGAUGAUCAUCCUUUUGUCGAGAAAGAACACAAUACCGCUAAACUCUUGCUUUCUUCUUCCACAUAAGAUGUAUUGUUCUUGUUUGUGUAAUAAUAGUAAUCCCUAAUAGUAAGCAUGUAAACCCUUGUUGAUAUGCUUAUGCAGAAACAAGUUUUCAUUAAUUUGCCUUGUGUAGUUAAUACAGAAACAAGUUUUCCAAUAUGUGGCUUUUAUCAUCUUGACAAAAAAAAAGAUAAUCAUCUUAGUUUG